UAUUCGAAGUGCUAGUGUUCGUCGUGGUGAUCUGCAGUAAGAAAAUGAGAAAAGCUGGGGAAAUUUUGUUUUGUGUUGUUGUCUUAGCUUUAUUAAGCUGGACGGUUGUGUUCGCACAAACGACACCAUCCCCUGGAACAAGUUGUGCAUUAAAAUCCAACACGAGCUGUGAUGAGUGUCUGCAGAACGUAUCGUGUCUGUGGUGUAUCGCGACUCAGCAGUGUGUUGACUACCCAGUGAGGUCUGUGCUGCCCUCUCAUACCCUGUGUCCGCUGGCAGAGGCUCGAUGGGGACUGUGCUGGGUGAACUUCCAGGCUCUUAUCAUAACCAUGUCAGUGUUGGCUGGGGUUAUCAUUAUUGCAAUUCUGGUCUGCUGCUGCUCUUGCUGCAAGUGUGGAAAUGCUGGGUCCAGGAAGAGCGAUGAAAGGUUGGAACAGCAAGCUAACUUGAGAAAGCUUCGGCAAGAGGAGAGGAAAGCAGAGAUGAAGUCAAGACAUGAUGAAAUUCGCAAGAAAUAUGGUCUGAUGAAAGACAACCCAUAUUCAAGAUUUGAAAACAACUAAGAGUGGAUUUGAAAAAAGAAAAAGAGAAAGAAAAGAAAACAAUCACAGUCUUUUUCCCUCUUUUGCAUCUGCUUAUGACAAUGUCUGACUGAACCGACUAGCUGUGAGAUUUAUACGACAGUGUAAUUUAAUCACGAGAACAGAUCGCUACGCUGCUGAAAUGGAAGCAAAGAAGCAUUUCAACACCUGAAACUGAUGUGUGUUUAUUCUUUAGAUCACUGGUUGUCCGACUCAUUUCCAUUCUUAAUAUUUCUCUGAAAAAGCGUGUGCCGAUUUGUUCUGUGUUAUAUCCAAAGUAUUUGUUUUUAUGUUGGUUUUACAAGGUUUUUUUUUUUCUCGGCGUCAUGCUAACAUCAUAGCUAUACCCAUAUUUAUCUACGCGUUUGUUAAGCACAUUUUUUAGUGUGGUAUUGCUCUGGAAAAGUUAAACAUUUCAUUGUAAACAAAGAUAAGAACAGGACCAAUAUGUCUUUAUGACUUUUUGACUUUGACUUUUUAGAAAGACAUGUAGCCCUUGUUGAGCACAAAACAAUAGUAACAUGGCUAAAUGGCACUGCUGCGAUUUUUACAUUUUUGCUCUGAACUGAAAUUGGUAGUUAUACCAAAUGUCUGACAAGUAUUGUAAUGCUUUAUAACUGUAAACUGAAAGUCAAACCACAGGCUGUAGAAGUGGUAACACUCCAAAUUGUCACAUUCUCUCGGUUGCACUGUUUUGAGAGAACUGAUUUAAACGAAUAGGUUUUCACUCUUUGAAAGAAAACGUAUUAUGAGCCACUGAAUCAAAUGUUCUGGGCUGAAAUUGUGUGAAUGUCAUACAGAUUUCUGGAAACACUCAGCUGUAUCUUUACUUUG